UCGUCGGGUGUAAUUUCGUCGUGCGUCGUUUACGUUCAACAAGCGCGUAAUCGGUACGAGUACUUUGAAUCGCGUACCCAUUGGGGUGGUUAUCAGUGCUAAUCGAUGUGACACGCCGUAAAUCGUUCAAACCAGUCGUGUGCUUGUGAUCCGCGCGGCCAUCUUAUGAUCUUUCGGAUUUGUCACAACUCCUAUCGCCACCAAGCAGCCUGCGACAUUUUAUGUUCUUAACCUUAACCGUCCCGUUUCGAAAGAAUUACUUUGCCGCGAAACAGUGUGUAGUGCGCGGUUGGCCACAGCAAAACACGAUACUUUGAGCUAGUUGUCCGCCAAAAUGCAUUCAUCCCGAGGGCCUGCAAUGAAUACCGUUUCGAUUGGUACCGAUUCCAGUAGCGGGCAGCCCUUGGCAGGCAAAAAAGAUUACUGUGACAGUGCCAACACGGACUCCGGUUUCCUGUCCGGACAUAACCUCCACACGUCGGAAAGCCUGUACUCCACCGAGAGCCUCCCGCCUCAGUCCGGCGCUAAUCCGAGCGGUGCAUCUGUUGCUACCGCUCCGUCGUCCGCCAUCGACGAGAAGGAGGCGGCAGCCGACGAACAGGACUCGGGGAUGCUGCCGGACGCGGAGCCCAGUUCGCAUGAGUGCGAUAUCAUGGACAUUUGUCAACGUCUCGAUCGAUUGAUGAAACGCGAUGGAUUGCCGUGGUACCAACAAAACGAAAUGGGAGACACUUCGCUCCAUCUGGCAGUUUAUGAGGAAAACGACGAGCUGGUCCGAAAGCUGACGGCCAGUGUUCCGCGGCAGUUUCUGAACAUCCAAAACGAUGCCGGCCGGACGGCCCUACACUGGGCGGUGCUCCUGGAUCAACCGAGAACCGUUCGGCGUUUGGUGACGGCGGGCGCCUGUCUUACGACGCGCGAUCCGUACGGCAAUACCGCGCUGCACCUGGCCUGUGGCCAAGCGAAUGUACGCUGUGCGAAGGAAUUGCUGGCGCCCCCGAGUGCGGUCGAGAUGCAGGAAAACAAUCUAGUAGUUGUAAAAAUUCCCCAGGACCUGGAACAGUGGAACUACGAUGGAAAGACCUGUGUGCAUCUGGCCGCUGAAGUGGGCAGCAUACCGGUCCUACGGUGUUUAAUCAACGCCGGAGCGAACAUUAACGCCAGGGAAGGAAAAGCAGGACGCUGUCCGCUACACAUCAGCAUCGAUCGGGGGAACGAAGAACUGGCCAACUUUCUGCUGGACGAGUGUCCUCGGGUUUCGCUCGAACUGGAAACGUACGCCGGGCUGACGGCGUACCAGCUGGCGGUGUUGCAGAAUAAGCGAGUCCUUGCGGAGGGUUUGGCCAUGCGGGGCGCAAGCAACGUUUCGCCUCCGGAAAGUGACAUUGAAUCUGACUCCGAAGACGAACUGAUGAUCAGUAACUACGAUGGAACGAAUGUUUUUUCUGCCACUUUCCCCGGAAUGUCGACCAUAAAUGUGUCGUAAGCUCAGCCGAACGCCGAACCGGGGGCCCCAUGGGGGAAGCAUUAUUUCCAUCAAAAGGGCCAUAGGGGCAGGAAGUUUGUUUCUAGUUUUCAUGCUUCCGGCGUAUCAAGUAAGGGGACAUAGAACGAAAAUCAAUUAUUUGAAAGGGCCACACAAUCCACACAGAGCUAAUCUGUUGUCAUCCAGAACGAGACGAUUCAUCAAGGGACCAUUUCUAGCGCUAGAGCCCUCCCCCCACUUGAGCAAGUAGUGUAUGCCAUGCGAAUGUCACAGUAAAUUCCGACAACUUUUUGGCGAAUCGCGCUUUGCACUACGAUAGUGUUUCCCCCCUAUUGUGCAGAUAGUUAAACCUGUAUGCGCGUACAGACGUAGAUUAUAUGCGUGUGCGUAUCACAAGUGCCUUACGUGUUAGAUGCGGAUCCAUUUGUAUACCAUUUACGGUCGAAAACGCAGAUACAACCGAACACCACAGCACCAAGAGUACGUUGUGGAUAAUAUAAGUUUGUAAAAACAGAGAAACAACAUCCCAAAAUCCCGCUCUGACGCAUGGUUAUCGUUUUUAUCAUCCUUCACCCUGUUUCGCUUAUCGCCCUGUGGACACAGCAACAAGAGCGGUCACAACGAUACUCGCGUAGUGUAAAAGUUGUUUGUAAAAAUGCAAAAGAAAUACUAUAAAGCCCCUUUCGAAAACCAGCACACACCACACUAUGGUGGAGCACCCCUCUGGCGGCGGCCUCUGGUGGCAUUAGAGGAAGCUUAAUCUGAACCACCUUUCGUUGAGAAAGCGAGAUAAUAUACAUAUUAACAAAUAUUUAAUUUAUGUAAUUCAAUUAACUACCCGUAAGCGUACUGUAAAUGUAACGAUGGUGAAAUAGAAAAGAAACAAAAUAAAGAAUUAUAUUGCU